AUGGACCUCCCUUUUUUCAACGACAGCGACUAUGAAGUCUACAUGCGCUCCAGACAUCGACGGCGUCAACGCUCAGCCAGCAUAGCUUCAACCUCAACUAUCCUACCCGAUGUGGCCGACGACGACAACGAAUUCUGUGAAGUAGUCGAGGAAGAUGCGAAUCCGGACAUCCUAUUUGCCUCCGAGGUCAUUGACCUCACCAAGGACGAUUCGGAGAGGCUCGUUCAGCACCACCGCCCAGAUGAGGCUGGGCUGGAUUCUGUGACGACACCCUGUGGCACUACUGUCAAGCCGCAAAACUUUAUUCAAGUGCGAGACCAAUAUCUGGGCGAGCUGAAAAUCAACUUUAUACAAGUCACGGCGAUUAUCCGUGACCGACACGGCAGUGUCUACAUUCGCGGCAUACCGUAUACGAAGCUCCGGCACUUGAAUGGCAAAAUCAGAGAUCGUGUAAACGAAGUUUGCAUGGUGCUUCAUAUGCUGAAGGAGCCGAACAAGAAACCCGAUCCCCCGGUUCUAGUCGACGUUGAGCCAGACCAAGUCAUUCGAUGGCGGACUCUUGUCGUGACAAACGCCAGAUACCCAGCGCAUGCCGUCGGCAUUGACCGAUACGCUCGUUCAUUCCGUUCCCUAGAGCAGCAGAGGAUAGUGGCUGAAAAGUCAGGUCACAUUGUAUGCCGAUGGAGUAUUUCGAUCAUCUACUCUAUCAACUCACGAAAUAGAACCAGACCAGAUGAGGAACUCAUUGAACACCUCCAAAGCGAAGAUAUCCUCAAUCCCGAUCACCGCGUGUCCGACAGCACUAUUUCCGAAGCAUGGCGAGGGCGCCGCAAACGUGGUGGCGCCUGGAACGCGCACCCAGAAUCAUCCACGCCGCUAGGCACGCCAAUUUUGAGACGUCCCGACCAGGCAUACACACUUUUUGACUCUUUUUCUGGGGCUGGCGGCGUAUCCCGCGGCGCGCAGGACGCUAGUUAUAAAGUGCGCUACGCAAUAGACAAGGAGCCGGAAGUUUAG